AUGUGGACGGAGAAUUACAAACCAAUCAUGGCUGGCACAACAUAUCAGCCGCACAUUUUGCUCCCAAGCAGCGCCUCUCCGGCCGGGGAGGACCUGUUUGUGCACGAAGAUUACUUAUGGUGCCUAGAAGACCACAUCUGCUUCGACAGCGUCAUAGAGACAGCCUUGACCCCGGGCCAGGAGCUACGAGGCACAGCCCCCACUGAGAAAGAAAGCCAACGCAAUCUAGACCUUCUCCUGGCAAUAAUUUGA